AAGCUCACAACAGACAGCCCUUCUCCACAGUCCUACAGAAUCUGAGAGCUGAGACUUAGCAGCAGUGACAACAAUGGAAACAGUCCCCACAGACCUUGGCAAACGAGUCUAUCAAGGAGUGAGAGUGAAACACACAGUCAAAGACCUUCUUGCUGAAAAACGGUCCAGGCAGAGCGGUGGCUCCCGCUUCAGUGGCAGCGCCAGCACUCCUCAGUCGCCCUUUGUCCAAAUGCCAGGCUCACCUACCACAGCUGGUUACUACAGCAUCAGGAGAUCCUUCACACCUGAGUUGGAUUUCCACAACACAAAGCAGUUUGUCAGUGAUGCCUGCUCGUCCUCUCUAGGAUCCAAGUCCUUCCUGUGUGAUUCCUCUGCCCCUCAGGGCUAUCCAGCACUUCUGGACCCAUAUCUCACCGAUCAAUAUGGGGAUUACCGUGCUACUCCCCUCACAGCUGGUACCAGCUCCUUCUUCAACUCUUCUUCUGUGGCCCCCCUCCUGCCAUCCUUCCCUAAUGACACAGCACACUACCUACUAGUGAAGAGAGUCCUGGGAGCAGACCUCACCUGAGAGCCUCAGCCAGUCGGAUGGUGCCUGCUCAGAACCCCUGCAAGCA